AUAUACAUGAAUUCCUUUUUUUUUUUUUUCUUUUUUUCAUUCUUCACUUUCUCCGUCUUUGAUUCUAUAAUAUUCUUGAUAGAAGCGUGAAAAAAACAGAGAACGAUAUAGAUUUAUAUAAAUAAUUGACGGGACAUGAGUACAUGACGUCAUCGCUGGUUUUAUUGAUGCUGGUGACGGCGGCGAUUGUAUUCGCUACUAAGUUUAAUGGUCUUCCGCCGUGUCUACUCCGCCACAGGUGUGGAAGAGAGCUCAAGAUGAAUAACAAUGAUAUUCACAGAUCUUCUCUUUGUCCAAGCCAAUUCGCGAGUUUGUAUUUAGCAAAUAUCGAUCCACAAGUUUCUGAAGAAACGUUGAUUCAGAUGUUCUCGGGUUUCGGAAAGAUUAUAAGUUCAUUUCUAGCGAAGGAUUUCAGAGGAGAGUCGCGAGGAUUUGCUUUCAUUGAGUUUGAAAGCGCAGAUAGCGCUGGACAGGCCGUGGAACAUAUGAACGGAAUGUUAAUAGGUCAGAAGAUUCUAUACGUUGAGAGGACACCAAAGGUCGACGACGGUCAAAAUAUAUAAUAAUCUGGCGUGGGUUAAUGGCAUAUGUGAUGUCGUUCUAUGUAAAUGUAUAAGAUGAUAUAGGUUUCAUCCAUUAUUUAUAAUAAAAUCUACUGCUGAAUAGAAAUGGUUUAGUAACAAAAUUUGUGAAAAAGAUAAAUUCCCACCUUGUUUUAUGAUUGUAAAUUUUCGAUUACAAAAGGCUGUAAUAAAGGAGUGGAGAAAUCGUCGACCAAAAAAAAGAGAAGCGAAAUCGUCGAUUUAUUUUCGGCUAUAAAUUUGGUCGUCAGUACAUUUCUAUAAAGUAAAAGGGUGCGCUUGCGGAAAGA